AUGGUGUGCAUCCGGAAGGCUACAGUUGAUGACCUCCUGGCCAUGCAGGAAUGCAAUCUGUUCUGCCUGCCAGAAAACUACCAAAUGAAAUACUAUUUCUAUCACAUCCUCUCCUGGCCGCAAUUACUUUACGUGGCUGAGGACUACAAUGGGAAGAUAGUCGGGUAUGUUUUGGCCAAAAUGGAAGAGGAGAGCUCUGAAUGCCAUGGACACAUCACCUCCCUUGCCGUCCUCAGGACCCACAGGAAACUCGGCCUCGCCACUAAGCUCAUGAUCGCUGCCCAAAACGCCAUGGAACAGGUAUAUGAGGCAGAGUAUGUGUCACUUCAUGUGAGGAAAAGCAAUCGGGCUGCAUUUAAUUUGUAUACUGAAACACUAGGGUACAAGAUUCAUGAUGUGGAGGCAAAGUAUUAUGCAGAUGGGGAGGAUGCUUAUGAUAUGAGAAAGCAACUCAAAGGUAAGAAGCGUCAUCACCACCAUCACCAUCAUGGAGGUGGGUGUUGUUCUGGGGAUUCGAAAACAGAAGAGGGGACUGGAGUGCCAGAAGCCAAAGCAGAGUGA